AUGGAUACUCAAAAAAGUAUUUUUCUGACUCUGCUGCUCUGCAUCGACACAUCAGUGUCCAGAGCUGUUUUUCUGCAGACAGGAGAUUCUGUCUUUCUAAAUGUCACAGAAACGGAUGUUCCUGCAGAUUUUGCCAUUCUUUCAUGGAAAUUCAAUGCAAAAGUUGCCUUGGUAUCAUUUUCACCUGUUCGAGAACCUCGUGUCCAUCCUAAUUAUUCCAGUAGAAUGGAUUAUGAUGGGAAAAAAUACUUUGUUAAAUUGAGGAAUCUGCAAAAGGCAGACAGUGGAGUUUAUACAGCAGAACUAGCAGCGUUUAAUGUUAAAACAGUUGCUGAAUACAACGUCACUGUACAAGAUCCAGUGUCCCCGGUUAAGAUGGCAGUGACCCCCAACAGCUCCGUGUCCCUGUCCUGUAACCUCACAGUGACCUGCAGCACAGAGGACGCUCACAUCAGCAGCACUUUCACAUGUGACACCAAAACCUGCCAACAGGAGGGAGGAGAGAGAUCACAGAUCACAAAGUCUGCUGCCUUUCUCCAUGUCCAGCUGUCAGGUCAAUCCAUCAUCUGUAACCAUAGCAACCAGGUCAGCUGGACCAAAGACGUGAUAAAGAUUCAGGAUCACUGCUUCCACCAUGAUGGCUCUGCUGUGUCUUUCUGUCUGGUGAAGACGGCCGUGUUCUCCGUUUGUCUGGUCAUCAUGGUGUGCGCUGUCAUCGGUGUCCACAUCAUGGAGAGGCUCAAGAAGCAAGAAUGAAAAGUUCCCUCCUGAAAAAAUGUACAAAUUCACCCACAAACACCAUUUGGAUCCUCGGACUGUUCCUCAUUUUUUCGGUUGUCAUGGCUCUGGUGAGGCUCUGGGACUUCCCUCUGGUCUCUCUUUGCCUUUUUGAGCUGUGCUCUGCAGUCUUCUCUUGGCCGGAUUGAUGACGUACCAGAGUUGUACAACAUUGUAGCAGAUCAAGGCUUGUUCAGAGAUGUAUGGGCUGAAUUCUAAACCGGACACUUUGUCAAAGAAGGAAACUCUGUAGUGGAGUGAACAUGCACUUGUUCAUGCUGAACCUGUUUGUUGUUUGUGCCGCUUCAUGAUUCUGUGCAGUUAAAUAUAACAGGACAGAUGUCUGUAAUUGUUAGCUCUGCACCGUCCGUUUGAUUAGCUUUGUUCCAGUGAGAAUAAAUUGUUGAAACACCCAAAAUAAAAAGAGCAAA